GUCUGCAUUCGCUACCAAGAUGGCAACGUCCAUAGCGCUCAGCCUGGAUAACUUACCGUCAGAUCCCUUAUUACUGGUUCUGUCAUUUCUGGACUUCCGAGAUCUGAUCAGCUGCAGUUUUGUAAGUCGUCGACUCAGUGAGCUGACGGGUCAUAACCCCCUAUGGAAGAGACUUUGUCAGAAGCACUGGCUCCUUACUGAGGAAGACAAAAACCACAGAGGCCUCUCCUGGAAGGAGCUGUUUCGGGAGUAUUAUGCUGAUCUGGGCCGUUACAUUGACUAUUACAGCACUCUUAAGAAAGCUUGGGAUUGCCUGAAAAACUACCUGAAUCAGAAAUGUCCUCGAAUGAUAGCUUCACUUAAAGAGGGAGUAAAGGAGGAAGAGCUAGAGGUCAUUGAGGCCCAGAUUGGCUGCAAACUCCCUAAUGACUACCGUUGCUCCUAUAGGAUACACAAUGGACAAAAACUGGUGGUCCCUGGGCUGAUGGGCAGCAUGGCUUUGUCCAAUCACUACCGCUCAGAAGACCUGUUGGACAUUGAGACAGCGGCAGGGGGAUUUCAGCAGAGGAAGGGGAUGCGGCAGUGUCUUCCACUCACGUUUUGCUUUCACACCGGCCUUAGCCAGUACAUGGCCCUGGAGAGCACAGAGGGACGAACACGCAGUGAGAUCUUCUAUCAGUGCCCGGAUCAAUUGGCACAAGAUCCCUCUGCGAUUGACAUGUUCAUUACAGGUUCUGAUUUUACUGAGUGGUUUACCUCCUAUGUUGACAAUGUUGUAACAGGAGAAUUCCCCAUCAUUCGAGACCAGAUCUUCAGAUAUGUUCAUGACAAACGCUGUGUGGCAACCACUGGUGACAUCACCAUAUCAGUCUCUACCUCCUUCCUGCCAGAGCUCAGUUCAGUCCAUCCGCCACACUUUUUCUUCACCUACAGAAUCAGGAUUGAGAUGGCAAAGUCGGCCCUGCCAGAGAAUGCAUGCCAGCUAGACAGUCGGUACUGGAAGAUCACGAAUGCAAACGGCAAUGUGGAAGAGGUCCGAGGCCCUGGCGUCGUGGGCGAGUUUCCAGUGAUGACACCCGGUAAAGUUCACGAGUACGCCAGCUGUACCACGUUUUCCACCACUUCCGAGUACAUGGAAGGCCACUACACAUUCCACCGGCUCAAGAACAAAGAGGAAGUGUUUGACGUAUCGAUCCCACGAUUCCACAUGGUGUGCCCACCAUUCCGUGAGUCAAUGGUGCGGUCGAGCUCAGUCAGUGAGGUCUCUGCUCCUUAUGAGGAUGGCAAUUCAUCAGACACCGAUGACUACGAGGAGGGAGACAUGCGUGGCAUGAACAUGGCUGACCCGGGAGGGCGCUGCCCUCGGCACAUCUGACCCCCGGCCAACACCCGCCCACAGAUACUGAUGCACAGACACUCUCGCACAAACAGGAGAGCGGGACAAACGGAGCUUUUAGGCAUCCAUUGUUUAUUGUGAUCGCCUUUGUGCCUGUCACCUCUUUUUCCAGUUUGUGAGGGCAUGUGUCUGGUUGUGGCGUGGUUGUGUCUGUGCGCGCCUGUGGACGUGUGAGGUCAUUGUAUGCGUGUUUGAGUCUGCAAGUGUGUUUUGUGAUUGAGUUGGAGUGAGGGAGUUUAUUGAAUUUGUGUGAGAUUGGUUCUUCUUGCCUAGGAUUCACAGUGAUCAUUGCCUUCCACUUAACAUAAAGGGAUAGUUAAGCCAAAAAUGUUCAUUUACUCACCCGUAUGUUGUUUCAAACCUGUAUGUCUUUCUGUCUCCUGUCAAACACAAAAGAAUAUAUAUAUUUUUUGUCCUUGCAAUGAAAGGCAAUUGGGUCCUGUGUUGUUUUGGACGCUUUUAUUGUGGAUAAAAACAGUUCUUCAAAAUAUUUUCUUUCAUUUUCCACAAAAGUAAUUAAGGUGUACAGGUUUGGAACGACAUGAGGUUGUGUAAUAGUUUUUAAACUAUCCCUUUUAAGACCUUACAAUUGCAUUAAGAGCAUGAGUAGAAAGUAUGACACUACUGUUAGCAUAAAAGUACACACACACACUGAAUUGGGAAUAUAUAUUGCAUUCUUCACAGAAAGGCAAAAUGGAAUCAAUCCCAUUAAUUUCCUUCACAAGGCCUCAGGUAUUGUGUAGCGUGUAUGUGCUUGUGUAUAUAUGUUUCUGCUUGUGUCGUCUGUACAGAGGGUUUCGGGGGCAGGGUGAGUUGUAAAGUGAAAGUGAUUUAUUCAAAGAUGAGUAAAAAGCACAUAGACCCAAACCAGCCGGUUCACGCAAACAUCAGCCAACCUGCGCAGUCAUUACGUUCUCCGGUGCUCUGUGUUGGUUAGCUGUUCUGACUGAGGUGCUGAUGUCCUGUUCUCAGAAACGUACGGCUGCAUGUAAACAGAAGGUCAGUUAGAGGACAUUGGUGUAAAGGAGACUCGUUUUAGAUCAUCUUAAGGGCUGGGGGUUACACAGACUUCUCUUAAGAUAAGAGAAUUUUAUAACUUUAUGGCAUUAUUAUGGUCUUUCCCUUAAAAUCCUGAGGAAGAGGUAAAUAAUCAGAAAAAUGUCUUUGUUGUAAUUUACAGCUCAGUUUUUCAGACUGAAAUAUUGGCAGACUAAAGAAUUUCUCAGCUUUUUUCUCCCUUCCCUGAUAAUGGCGAUGUAAGUUAAUCUUGCCUAAAGAUAUGUAUGAUUUUGAUUUUCAUGUUUAUGACUGCAAUUUUACGUUAUCAUCUUUGUGAAAUAAUGCUGUGCAGUGGGAUUUUCCAACAGUUUGCUAUUAUGUUCUCUGGUUAGCCCUAUCCAACCUCUCAGAUUAGUAAAUAACUCUUGUUUUUUAUUUUGUAUAAGGUUUUUUUUUUAUUUGGUGUAAAUAAAAAAAGUAAUGGUGUAUCAAUA